AUGAGAAACUGUUGUUUGUGUGAUAAAACACUGGACUUUGGGACCAAACCCAGCACCUGCGGAGACGCCCAGAUCCACAACGGAUUCUCAUUGGAGCGUCAGAAGAACCUGUUCUACACCUGCUCCUCGGGCUUCAAGCUGCUGUCCCAGGCCUGGUGGGGCGUGGCCAGGUGUGAGGGCGGCCGCUGGACCACCCAGGACUGUGUUGGGCGGUCCAUCAGGGCGGUCCAUCAGGGCGGUCCAUCAGGGCGGUCCAUCAGGGCGGUCCAUCAGGGCGGUCCAUCAGGGCGGACCAUCAGGGCGGUCCAUCAGGGCGGUCCAUCAGGGCGGUCCAUCAGGGCGGUCCAUCAGGGCGGUCCAUCAGGGUGGUCCAUCAGGGCCAUCAGGGCGGUCCAUCAGGGCGGACCAUCAGGGCGGUCCAUCAGGGCGGUCCAUCAGGGCGGUCCAUCAGGGCGGUCCAUCAGGGCGGACCAUCAGGGCGGACCAUCAGGGCGGUCCAUCAGGGCGGUCCAUCAGGGCGGUCCAUCAGGGCGGACCAUCAGGGCGGUCCAUCAGGGCGGUCCAUCAGGGCGGUCCAUCAGGGCGGUCUAUCAGGGGCGGUCCAUCAGGGCGGUCCAUCAGGGCGGUCCAUCAGGGUGGUCCAUCAGGGCGGUCCAUCAGGGCGGACCAUCAGGGGGGACCAUCAGGGCGGUCCAUCAGGGCGGUCCAUCAGGGCGGUCCAUCAGGGCGGUCCAUCAGGGCGGUCCAUCAGGGCGGUCCAUCAGGGGGUGUCCAUCAGGGCGCUCAGGGCGGUCCAUCAGGGCGGUCCAUCAGGGCGGUCCAUCAGGGCGGUCCAUCAGGGCGGUCCAUCAGGGCGGUCCAUCAGGGCGGUCCAUCAGGGUGGUCCAUCAGGGCGGUCCAUCAGGGUGGUCCAUCAGGGUGGUCCAUCAGGGCGUGAAACAGCAGAGAAACCCCCUGCUGCUGCCCCUGCUGCUGCCCCUGCUGCAGGUCCUGCUGCCCGGUGUGCACGGAGACAGAGACUGCAGCCUGCAGGACUUUAAAGCGGGCUCUUUCUUUGACUCCAACUUCGAGAUGCAGGGUUUGAGUGACAGCUACAGCAGCGGCCUCAGCCUCAGGGUUCACUGCAAACUGGGAUUCAGAGGAUUCUUCAAACUCACCUGUCAGGACGGGACUUGGAAACACGUGGGAGACCGCUGCAGUGCUAUUUCCUGUGGUCAUCCUGGAGACGUAAUGUUCGCAGACUUCUCUCUGGUCCGAGGCGACGACUUUGUGUUUGGAUCACAGGUGCAAUACAGCUGCCACCGCGGGUACCAGAUGACCAGUCUCACCAGCACCCGUAACUGUAUGCAGGGCGGCUGGGACGGCCAUCUACCAGUGUGCGAAGCGCUGCAGUGCCCGGUCUUGGCGGUGGACCCUAAAGUCUCGGUGGACGGGGACGUAGAGCAAGCGGUCGCCGGGAGCGUGGUGCGGUUCAGCUGCAGAGACCGAGGAGACCAACUGGUCGGAGCCGCACAGAUCGAGUGCGACGAGACCGGGACCUGGACCCACGCCCCCCCCAUCUGCAAAGAGAUCUCGUGCCCGGUCCCGCCGCUGGAGAACUUCCAGGUGAAUAACCAGAAGGCUGUGUACCGAGAGAAGGACGUGCUGCGGUACAGCUGUGACGCCGGGUUCAGGAAGCUGGAUGGGAGACCGAUCCUGUGCCUCAAGAUGGGCCUGGCCGCUCAGUGGACCCCCGCCCCCCAAUGCGAGCUGAUCACCUGUGCGUUGCCGCGGCCUCUUCCUGAAGGAACCGUCUUUUUGCCGCAGGACAAAUUCAAGUUCAAAGUGAGGGAGACGGUGCGGGUCAAAUGCAGCGACGACCGAUGGGUCAAAGACACACACACACAGGACACACAACUGCACUGCACCCAGACCGGGGACUGGGACCACCGCCCGACCUGCCAGCGUGAGUCCCUGUGCUCCCUGUCCCUGUGCUCCCUGUCCCUGUGCUCCCUGACCCUGUGCUCCCUGACCCUGUGCUCCCUGUCCCUGUGCUCCCUGUCCCUGUGCUCCCUGUCCCUGUGCUCCCUGUCCCUGUGA